AUGGUGUUGACCACCUUGCAGACAGAUGCCCUCGGUAGGCUGUGUCCCAAAGAUCAGCUCGAACUUUUGGAUUCCAUCGACCGCCUUCGUCUCCAGGGUAUAAAUCACUACAUCUCGUUGCCGCAGAUCAUCGUUUGUGGAGACCAGUCGUCUGGCAAGAGCUCUGUCCUGGAAGCCAUUUCUGGCGUAUCAUUCCCCAUCAAGAGCAAUCUUUGUACGCGUUUCCCCACGGAACUCGUCCUGCGCCGAAUGCCUCAAAUCGGCUCAAGCGUUUCUAUUGUCCCCCACAGCUCCCGCAGCGAUUCGGAGCGGAAAGUGCUCGCUAGCUUCCACCAGAAGCUCGAUGGGUUCGACGGGCUUGCGGACGUGGUCGAGAGCGCCAAGACGGCCAUGGGCAUCUCGAUGCAUGGUAAAACGUUUUCUAAGGAUUUACUACGUGUUGAGAUCACGGGUCCUGACCGGCCUCACCUGACCAUUGUUGACCUGCCGGGACUCAUACACUCUGAGACAAAGAAUCAGACCGUUUCCGACGUCGAGUUGAUCCAAGACGUCGUUCAAACGUAUAUGAAGGAGCGGAGGAGUAUCAUCCUCGCUGUUGUCUCGGCGAAGAAUGACUUUGCCAAUCAGGUGGUACUGAAGCUAGCCCGCUUAGCCGACAAAACCGGCAGUCGAACCUUGGGAGUCAUAACAAAGCCUGAUGCCUUGAUCCCUGGCUCCGACAGCGAAGCAAUGUAUGUUUCCCUGGCCAUGAAUCAGGAAGUGGAGUUCCGUCUCGGAUGGCACGUGUUGAAAAAUAUGGAUUCCGAGACUGGUAUCUCGACGCUUCCUGAACGUGACGCCAACGAGGAUAAUUUCUUCUCCCAGGGCGUAUGGAAGGAGCUCUCCCCAUCAACGCUAGGUAUUAACGAGCUGCGAAGCCGCCUGAGUCACGUCCUUCUUGGACAAAUCGCCGGCGAGCUACCCAGCUUAAUCGACGAGAUUGAGGCCAAGUCUAACGCCUGCCAUGAACGACUGGAGAAGCUAGGACAGCCUCGGAACACUUUGGAUGAACAACGCCUCUAUCUUUUUCACGUUGGCCAAUCAUUCCAGUCCCUAGUCAAGGCUUCGAUAGACGGCUCGUACAAUGAUUCCUUCUUCGAAGAUGCACAGUCCCAGCGAGGGUACCAGAAACGGAUUCGUGCUGUAGUCCAGAACCUCAACCAGAAAUUUGCCAAGGACAUCGCCGAACAUGGCCAUUUCCGUGAGGUCGUUAAGACUGAAACCGUGCCAGAUGUCUCGACAAAGGUCUCGGAAAAGGUCACUCCGAUCACGAGAGAUGAAUUCAUUACCCACAUCCAGAACCUCAUACAGCGGACACGCGGCCGAGAGCUGCCAGGAACCUUUAACCCCAUGAUUGUCGCCAACUUGUUUCUCGAGCAGUCCCGUCCGUGGGAAGGUAUUAUGCGGCACCAUGUCCAGAAAGUCUGGGAUGCAGCUAAAGACUUCCUGGAACUUGUCGUCGCUCAUAUUGCAGACGGUUCGACAUCUAAAGCUCUCCUCCAGGAGGUAUUCGGACCAGCGCUAGAUGCGCUCCUGAACACACUCAAUACCAAGGCUGUCGAGCUUUUAAACCCGCACCAGAAUGGUCACCCUAUUACCUACAAUCACUACUUCACCGAGGCGCUUCAGCGAGCCCGAGUUGAACGCAGAAAGACUCAAGUCGCUAGUACUUUGGCAAAGUAUUUGGGCAUUUCUUCAGAUGAAACGACGACGACGACCGUCUACAUUAAACAGACGGUAAACGUUAGUGAGCUUAUUGGAGCCCUUACGGAGCAGAGCGAGCCAGACAUGGAUCUUUUCGCCGCCUCUGAAGCUUUGGAUUGCAUGAAUGCUUAUUAUAAGGUUGCUUUAAAGCGAUUUAUUGACGAUGUGGCUAUUGAGAUUAUCGAGACCAACAUGAUCUCAGCUCUGAUCGAUGUCUUCUCCCCCGUGUCCGUGUAUGGAAUGUCCCCGAGGCUCGUGGCUCGUAUCGCUGGGGAAUCUAAGGACAACGCCACUCAGAGGGAGAAUUUGCGAAAGCAACUAGAUAUCCUGCAGAAGGGCUCUGACACUUGUAAGAGGUUUAUAGGUGUCAGGAUUGGAGGUAUGUUCUGA